AUGUUCUUGUCGCACCGUAGCUCAAGUCAUCUUCGCGAUCGCGGCGAUAAUGGACCGCUGCGAAAACUGAAAGCUGUAGCCGUUAUGGGCUUCAACAAAGUUCGGGAUCUACCUCUUUCUGGAAUCGUCUAUCUGAACCGUAUAAAGCCAAUAUCUGACGAGUUUAAAGGAGCGAUAGCACGGGCGAACAACACAUUUGUGAGAGAAACAGCGUCGUCACCAUUAAGAGAGCUCGACAUAGAGCCACAAAGGAGCGCAGAGAACGAUUACACAGUAGGUGAUGCAAAUGUGAAAGAAAAUACGGCCUCCGUCAGUGCUGAAUUCCAUCCCGAAAAUGAUGCACACGUCAUGGACUCAGCGGCGGUUCUGCCAACGUUACAUUCGGUUUCCAGCACAGAGGAAACCAUAACAGAACUUCCCACGUUGCCCACUAUUCGCCGGACAACUACGAAAGAAACGGAACUUCAAUCGCUCAAGCCUAAGAAGAAUAUGUUGAAAAUAGCUAUUUCGAAGAAGUCGAAGAAUAUUGGAUCAGCAGAGGAGUACGAUCUGUCAAGGGAAGCACAAAUCGAUCUAGAUCGUCUGAUCACGCAAAUCAAACAGCAGGGGAAGGUCGAUCUCAUAGAGGAGCAUCCUACGGUGACCACUAAAGACUUGCGAAAGACUGGCUAUGUAAGUGGUCGAACCGUCGUCCGACAUGGAAAUCCGAACGCAAAAUUGGUUUCGUUAAGUCGAAGCGCCAAUGUCCAUGCAGGAGAAAUUAUCCGAAAGCCAAGCAAAGCGAAACUGAUUCAACUGAAAAAGAAGAAAUCAUUCGGAAGAGUGGGAUCCUCGCAACGAACUCAACGAAGAGGUCCCGACUUCGACCCGUGGGAACGUAUAGGCCAAAAAUAA